UGCCGCCUCUCCUGAGCCUGGGAGGCGGCCUCAGAGCAGACCCCGGCAGAGUUAGGCCGCCCCCUCCGGAUGGGCAGGCGGGCGGAGCAGCGCAGAGGACACCGCCCUCGGCCCGCCCGCCGAGGAGGGUACAAGAGCGGGAGGCUGUGCCAGCGGCGCCCGCCCGGGGCCCGCCGUAUUCUGCGCUCGGCCGCUGUGGCUGCGGGGACCGGUCCGGUUCCGGAGCAGGCGCUGCAGACCAGGGGCCGAGUCCCGGCCCAGUCCGGAGCCUCAGCGGGAGACGAGAAGGGCAGUGUGCGGAGAUGGCGGCCGCAGCCUCAGCGGCAGCGGAGGAAGGGAUGGAGCCGCGGGCGCUGCAGUACGAGCAGACCCUGAUGUAUGGCCGAUAUACUCAGGACCUUGGAGCCUUUGCCAAAGAGGAAGCUGCUCGGAUCCGCCUGGGAGGGCCUGAGUCCUGGAGGGCCCCCCCAUCCCCUCGGACUCCCCCAGAGCUCCUAGAAUAUGGACAGAGCCGUUGCGCCCGAUGCCGCAUCUGUUCCGUCCGCUGCCACAAGUUCCUAGUGUCCAGAGUUGGUGAAGACUGGAUCUUCCUGGUCCUGCUGGGGCUCCUUAUGGCAUUGGUCAGCUGGGUCAUGGACUAUGCCAUUGCUGCCUGUCUGCAGGCUCAGCAGUGGAUGUCCCGGGGCUUGAACACCAACAUCUUGCUCCAGUACCUGGCCUGGGUCACCUAUCCCGUUGUCCUCAUCACUUUCUCAGCAGGAUUUACACAGAUCCUGGCUCCUCAGGCUGUUGGAUCUGGCAUCCCCGAGAUGAAGACCAUCUUGCGGGGAGUGGUGCUGAAGGAAUACCUCACUCUCAAGACCUUUGUAGCUAAGGUCAUUGGGCUGACCUGUGCACUGGGCAGCGGCAUGCCACUUGGCAAAGAGGGCCCUUUUGUGCAUAUUGCAAGCAUGUGUGCCGCCCUACUCAGCAAGUUCCUCUCCCUCUUUGGGGGCAUCUAUGAGAAUGAAUCCCGGAACACGGAGAUGCUGGCCGCUGCCUGUGCCGUGGGAGUGGGCUGUUGCUUUGCGGCACCUAUUGGAGGCGUCCUGUUCAGCAUUGAGGUUACCUCCACCUUCUUCGCUGUGCGGAACUAUUGGCGAGGCUUCUUUGCUGCCACCUUCAGUGCCUUCAUCUUCCGGGUCUUGGCUGUCUGGAACCGUGAUGAAGAGACCAUUACUGCUCUCUUUAAAACCCGAUUUCGGCUCGACUUCCCCUUUGACCUGCAGGAGCUGCCAGCCUUUGCUGUUAUUGGCAUCGCCAGUGGCUUUGGGGGAGCCCUCUUCGUCUACCUGAACCGGAAGAUUGUCCAGGUGAUGCGGAAACAGAAAACCAUCAACCGCUUCCUUAUGAAGAAACGCCUCCUCUUCCCAGCACUGGUGACCCUGCUUAUUUCUACUCUGACCUUCCCUCCUGGCUUUGGGCAGUUCAUGGCCGGACAGCUCUCACAGAAAGAGACGCUGGUCACCCUGUUUGACAACCGGACCUGGGUCCGACAGGGACUGGUGGAGGAGCUAGAGCCACCUGGCACCUCACAGGCCUGGAGCCCACCGCGUGCCAAUGUCUUCCUUACACUGGUCAUCUUCAUUCUCAUGAAGUUCUGGAUGUCUGCUCUGGCCACCACCAUCCCAGUGCCCUGUGGGGCCUUCAUGCCUGUCUUUGUCAUUGGAGCAGCAUUUGGGCGUCUGGUGGGCGAAAGCAUGGCUGCUUGGUUCCCAGAUGGGAUCCACACUGACAGCAGCACCUACCGGAUUGUGCCCGGGGGCUAUGCAGUAGUAGGGGCAGCCGCGCUGGCGGGAGCAGUGACACACACAGUGUCCACAGCCGUGAUUGUGUUCGAGCUCACAGGCCAGAUUGCCCACAUCCUGCCCGUCAUGAUUGCCGUCAUCCUGGCCAAUGCUGUUGCUCAGAGCCUACAGCCCUCACUCUAUGACAGUAUCAUCCGCAUCAAGAAGCUGCCCUAUCUGCCAGAACUCGGCUGGGGCCGCCACCAGCAGUACCGGGUGCGAGUGGAGGACAUUAUGGUACGAGAUGUUCCCCACGUGGCCCUCAGCUGCACUUUCCGGGACCUGCGGUUGGCGCUGCACAGGACCAAGGGCCGAAUGUUGGCACUAGUGGAGUCCCCUGAGUCCAUGAUUCUGCUGGGUUCCAUUGAGCGCUCACAAGUGGUGGCAUUGUUGGGGGCCCAGCUUAGCCCAGCCCGCAGGCGGCAGUACAUACAGGAGCAUCGAGCCACCCAGGCCUCUCCACCAUGUGAUCAGGAGCAUCCUCCCAGCCCUGACACUGCUGUUUGCUUCCAGGAGAAAACAGAGGACCCAGGCUUCCCUGUAGCCCGGGGGGAGAGUCACAAACCCCUAAAGCCUGCUCUCAAGAGAGGGUCCAGCAACACCAUGAAUCACGGAGAGAGUCCCACAGGGAGCGGGGAAUCUGCAGGCAUUGCCCUCAGGAGCCUCUUCUGUGGGAGCCCACCUCCCGAAGCUGCUUCAGAGAAGUCGGAAUCAUGUGACAAGCGCAAGCUGAAGCGGGUCCGAAUCUCCCUGGCAAGUGACUCAGACCUGGAAGGCGAGAUGACCCCUCAGGAGAUUCUGGAAUGGGAGGAGCAGCAACUAGAUGAGCCAGUCAACUUCAGUGACUGCAAAAUUGACCCUGCCCCCUUCCAGCUGGUGGAGAGGACCUCCUUGCACAAGACUCAUACCAUCUUCUCACUGCUGGGAGUAGACCAUGCAUACGUCACAAGCAUUGGCCGGCUCAUUGGAAUUGUCACACUAAAGGAGCUCCGGAAGGCCAUUGAGGGUUCUGUCACAGCACAGGGUGUGAAAGUCCGGCCACCCCUUGCAAGCUUCCGCGACAGCGCCACCAGCAGCAGUGACACAGAGACCACUGAGGUGCAUGCACUCUGGGGGCCCCGCUCCCGCCAUGGCCUUCCCCGGGAGGGCAGCCCUUCUGACAGUGACGACAAGUGCCAGUGAAGCCCUCAAUAGGCAGCCAGGGAUAGUGAGGACCGUAGCUGGUGGCCCAGAUCCUGCAACUCUCAUAGUCCCUCUGCCUUGGCAAAGUAGGCAGAAGCUGCAGGCGGAAGCUGGAACCCCAGCCCCUUCCAGACCUGGGGUGCCAGCCUCUCUCAGUUCAUCCUACCUGGAACCUGAACCAGCGCCCACCUGCAUCAUGUUUCCCAGGGGCAGGAAAACCAGCCCUGCACUGGUGGCAUGGGGGUGGAUCACUUGACCCUGCUCCCCCUUUGAAGGGGGGAAAGGGUGGAACUAAGAUGGGUUUAUACUGGAACCUACAAUGACCAGAUGUAUAUAGAGAUUUAUAAAGAUUUUUAUAUUAAUUUAAUAAAUUCUUAAAUAGAACAAAAUAAACACCUAAUGAGCCACUUAUAUAUA